CAACUGUAUCACAGGUUGGUGAAACAGUGCUACCGCUACUCCUUUGAAACAUGAAGCGGAUGCAUAGUUCAAGCGGCGGCGGCGGUGGUGAUAGUGAUGUGGGAGUUGGUGAGGAUGACAGCUCUUCACCCCCAAAAUUGAGAAAAGAAUCCGCACUUACUUUGACUCGUACAGCUCCUCGUGGAUUCUUGAGAGAGUAUAGAGCCAGUUUCCUAGACGAGCAGAAGGACGUUCUUGGUGUUCUCAACGAUCUAUCACCAGAUCUGUAUGAAACAAUGGUGCACGAGCUAGGCAUCCAGCAGUUCAAAGCUGUACUGGUUCUUUGUGUCACUGUUGAGAAGCCCAAUGCCGCAGGUGCAAUCGUCUACGCCUCUCCAUUUUUCCGAAGCCGGCCUAUGACUGUGUUGAACGUGAGCAACAUUCCAGGUCUACUAACCGCCGCCUUCGACGGGAUCACUGCAAAGGUGGACGCUUGGGUGCAAGGUGGUUCAGGCUGGGCUGUGAGUAACGUGAAAACUGCACAUCUUGAUAUUUGCAAGUAUCGUCCAAUGCGCAUGUCGUCGUACCUUCCUCUACCUAAAAAGUUAGCUUCGUCAAAGGCCAUCAUCAAUGUGAAGAAUGACGACGAGCAGUGUCUGAAGUGGGCUCUUCUGUCUGCCCUGCAUCCAGCUGUGCAACAUGCAGAACGUGUGAGCAAGUAUGCGCAGUAUUCGCAGAGUCUCAACUUUGACGGUGUAGAGUUCCCUGCAACCAUAGAUGAUGUGUACAGGGUGGAGAAGGCCAACUCGCUGAACAUCAACGUGUUUGCAUUUGAAGAAAACUACAUCAUUCCCAUAAAGUUAUCAGGUAGUGACAAUGCAAUAAAUCUCCUGAUCCUGCAAGAUGAUCUCCUUAGCCAUUACUGUUGGAUAAAGAACUUUAGCGCUCUAUGUGCCAGCCAGACAAAGUGCAAGACGAAGAGGUACUUCUGCAUGCGAUGCCUCUCCGCACAUCGCAGCGAGACCACUCUGAAGAAGCAUCAACUAUACUGCAGCGAUGUGAAGGCAGCGACAGUCCAGAUGCCAAAAGCAGACGAGCAGCUCAAGUUCACGGAGAUACAGCGGAAGAUGAAAAUGCCGUAUGUGAUCUAUGCCGAUACUGAGUGUCUGCUGAAAGCAACGUCUCCAGAGCGCCAUGGGAAGCAAACUGUUCGUGAAGCUGAACACGUACCAUGUGCAGUGUCGUAUGUCGUCGUACGCUCUGAUGGUGUACUGAAGAACACUUUCACGUUCAGAGGAGAUGAUCCGAUUGAAAAGCUUUUCGAAGAGCUCUCCAAGGAGGAAGAGCGCAUAGAGGAAGACCUGAAGAACAUACGUCCUAUCAUCAUCACGGAUGAUGAAGAGGUGCAGUUCCGCAAUGCCGCAGAGUGCUGGAUCUGUGGCAAGAAACUGAAGGGUGCUGAUCGGGUGCGCGACCACGACCACCUCACCGGACUGUACAGAGGAGCUGCACACAACGCCUGCAAUUUGAAGUUCCGCAUCGUGCCAGAGCACCAUCCCAUCCCCGUUGUAUUUCACAACCUGAAAGGGUAUGAUGGACAUCUCCUGAUAUCCAGCAUCGGCCUCACGUCCAUGAACACUGAGGAGUACAUUGACAGACAAGGACGGCGUCGACGCAAGGUGAAGGGGCGUGUUACUGUCAUACCCAACAAUAUGGAGCGGUAUGUGUCAUUCUCGUGGGGGAGAUUCAGAUUCAUUGACAGUCUUUCCUUUCUGAACGCAUCGCUGGACAAGCUAGUGAGCAACACGCCUCGCGACUCGUUCUUUCACCUCAAGUCCCUGGCUUCGUCGUACAGCAACAACGCCACGGGCAGCAACGCCACGGGCAGCAGCAGCAGCAGCAGCAGCAGCAGCACCACCACCACCACCAGCAGCAGCACGACCAGCAGCACCACCAGCAGCACCACCAGCAGCACCACCAGCAGCACCAGCAGCAGCAGCAGUGCACCAGGCUCGUCUAGCAAUACCCUGCUGGAUCUCCUGCAUCGCAAAGGUGUCUAUCCCUACGAAUACAUGAACAGCAGCGCUAGGUUUUCCGAGACUGGUCUUCCUGCAAAGGAAGACUUUUACUCACGCCUCUCAGAGUGCCACAUCAGCGAUGAGGACUACUGCCAUGCCCAGCGUGUGUGGACUGCAUUCGGCUGUAGCGACAUGGGCGACUACCAUGAUCUCUACCUGAAGACCGAUGUGCACCUUCUUGCAGAUGUGUUUGAGAAAUUUAGAUGCACUGCAAUGGCCACGUACGAUUUGGACCCGACACACUACUACACCCUGCCUGGAUUCGCGUGGGACGCCCUUCUGAAACAUACAGGAAUCUCGCUCACUCUGCUGGACGACGUGGACAUGCAUCUGUUCGUCGAGCGCGGUCUUCGUGGCGGUGUUACAAUGGCGUCACACCGCCACGCCAGGGCGAACAACAAGUACAUGAGCUCACACGACCCUGAGCAGGCGUCAACAUAUCUUCAAUACCUCGACGCGAACAACCUGUACGGCUGGGCCAUGUCGCAGCACUUGCCGACAUCAAAAUUCCAGUGGUGUGCCCCCAGUGACGAACUCCUGCAGAAGAUCCUCACCCAGCCAGAUGACGCAGACACUGGGUACAUGGUGGAGUGUGAUCUGUCAGUGCCCACAGAGUUCCACGAUCGCCUGAACGACUACCCACCCGCACCGGAGCGUGUAACCAUCACCGAGAGUAUGAUGUCGCCAUACCAGCGCGACUUGAUUGCAGCAGAUCCUGUCUCCGGACUGAGUGCUCCGAAACUGGUCCCGAACCUCAUGCCGAAGCAGCGCUACGUAGCACACUACCGUAACCUCAGGCUGUACAGUCGUCUAGGUCUGAGGAUCGAUGCUGUACACCGCGUGCUCAGUUUCCGCCAAGCUCCGUGGAUGAAGCCCUACAUCCAGCUGAACACGGAGCUUCGGAAGAAGGCGAAGAACGAUUUCGAGAAGGACUUCUUCAAAUUAAUGAAUAACGCUGUGUUUGGGAAGACAAUGGAGAAUGUGAGAAGAAGGAUCUCCAUUAGACUGCUGCGUGUGGAAGACGAGGAAGAUACCAUUCUCACAGCUGUGGCUAAGUCCACCUACGUCCGCCAUGUCCUCUUCGACAACGGGCUUGUGGGCGUCGAGAACAGGAAGCUUGCGGUCCACCUCAACAAGCCGGUGUACGUUGGCAUGAGCAUCCUGGAGCUGAGCAAGGAGCUCAUGUACAGAUUUUACUAUGACGAGCUCCAGCCACGCUACGGAGACCGCAUGAGCCUGCUGUACACAGACACGGACUCGCUGGUGCUGCUGUUCCGCACGGAGGACCUCUAUGCGGACAUGAAGAGUAUGGCCGAUCAGUACGACACCAGCAACUUUAGCCCCGACAGUCCUCUGUACAGCGAGAGUAAUAAGAAGGUUGUAGGUAAAUUUAAGGACGAGCUCGGAGGGAAGCUCAUGACAGAGUUCGUGGCGCUCAGAUCCAAAAUGUACGCGUACGAUGGCGAGGAGAGUGGUCAGCGUGCAAAGGGCGUCAAGAGAGCGGUGACGAGAAGAUUCACGAUCGCGGACUACCGUCAGUGUCUGGUCGACAGGACGAGGAUGUCACACGCAAUGACCACCCUGCGCAGCCAUUCGCAUCGUAUCUUCACCGAGACGAUGACCAAGUCGUCUUUGUCGCCGUUCGACAGCAAACGAUACAUCCGAACGGACGGUGUCAGCACACUUGCACAUGGGCACCACCGCAUCGCACUGCUGGAUGACUGAACAAUGAUGGUUGUGGUUGACAAUCACAAUUAUUAGUCACACCCUGUACCAUAUCAAUUCCAUUUGUCUAAUGAGUUACUGAUCUUGAUCUUGAUGAUGAUGAUGAUGAUGUUGAUGUUAUUAUUUUUCUACAUACUACAUAAUUUUGUUUUCUCCAUAACUUAACUAGACUUUUAAUAUAGCUAAACAUAAUUGCGUGAAAUGCAAUUGCACAGUUGAUGAU